UUGACCCGUAAUCAAAGCAGCAAAUGGCAAUGGCAGUUCCUUUGCCAACGUAGCCUCUCCUCUGUCCCUCUCUCCGAUACAUAAUUUUCUGAUUUGCAAAUUUACGAGCUUUCCGUUCUUACAAUCUAACAAAGACUACCUAUGAAGAAAAACCUCCUUAAACCUCUCCAGAACCCUCAGUCAAAAUCCCCACAACCAUUGCCACCACUUUCUCCACUCCUGGACUCACCCCAAACACCAACACCUUCCCUUUCUCUCUUCCCCACAAUUCCUCAGCCCCAUCACCAGAACCAGCUCUUUUCCUUCCUCAAAACUUACCUGACCCACCAACCCUUAACCCCAAAAACCCUCCUUCACUUCCUCAAGAUAAAGCUCCACCAUCAUCCAGUUUUCACCCACUAUGACUUUCAAGUUUUCUCUUGGGCUUCCACCAUUGACUCUUUCCACCACGACCACUCAACUUACCUAUGGAUGGCUCACUCCUUAGCUUCCUCUCAUCGUUUCUCGCAGCUUCGUUCUCUUCUUAGUUUUAUAGCUGCCAAUCCUUGCCCUUGUUCUCCAGGUAUCUUCUCUUGUCCUCAAAUGGAACCCCUUUUUCGUUUCGUUAUCGAUUCAUUUUGUAGAGCUAGGAAGUUGAAUGAUGCUGUUUUUGCUUUCGAAACCAUGAAGAAAUUGAUUGAUGGAAGGCCUAGUGUUGUUAUUUAUAAUGUUUUGAUUAACGGGUAUUUGAAAAAUGGGGACUUUGAUAAGGCUUUGGGGUUUUAUGAGAGGAUGGAAAGGGAUAGAGUGAAGCCAGAUGUGUAUACAUUUAAUACCUUGAUCAAUGGUUAUUGUAGGAAUGGAAAGUUUGAGUCAGGAUUGGAGUUGUUUAGGGAAAUGAAGGAGAAAGGUUGUAGUCCUAAUGUGGUUACUUUUAACACUUUGAUUAGAGGGUUUUUUAGGGAAAGGAAGGUUGAUGAAGCAGUUAAGAUGGCAUAUGAGAUGAUUCAGUUGGGAUGUGAUUUUUCAAGUGUGACUUGUGAGAUUUUGGUCAGUGGUUUGUGUAAGGAGGGGAGGCUUUUGGAGGCGUGUGACUUGGUCAUUGAUUUUUCGAAGAGGAUGCUUUUGCCAAAGGGAUUUGAUUAUUGUGAUUUAAUGGAGGAGCUUUGUGGUAAAGGAAAUGCAGGUAGAGCAUUUGAGGUGGUUAAUGAGUUAUGGAUUAAAGGAAAUGUACCGAGUUUGAUUGCUUGUACCACUUUGAUUGAAGGUUUGAGGAGGUUGGGGAGAAGAGAAGAUGCAUUUAGGUUGAUGGAUAAGAUGCUUAAAGAUGGUAUUGUUCCGGAUAUUAUGACUUUUAAUUGUCUUAUGCAAGAUCUUUGUGAUUUGGGUAGAACGAUGGAUGCAAAUAAAUUUAGAUUAGUGGCUUCGUCAAAGGGUUUAGAACCAGAUGAGGUGACUUAUAACAUUUUGAUAUAUGGAUAUACAAGAGAGGGCAGAAGGAAGGAGGGAGAAAUUUUGGUAGAUGAGAUGUUGGAUAAAGGAUUUAUACCUGACAUUGCUAGGUAUAAUAGGUUGAUGGAUGGGCUCUCCAAUUCUAAAAGUUUGACAUUGAAGAAAGUUAGUGCUUGUCGUAGGUCAGCAUGAGUUGUGAUUGUUGAUGUCAGUGCCAAAGUUUAUCUUGGUUUGUUUAGAUUUCUUGCUGAACAGCAAGUAAGAAUUUUUUUUCUAAGUUUUAUGACAUUUGGUUAAUUUCCUGCCCAUGUUAUAAGUUGAUUUCGAGAAGGGACAGUAGUUAAGGAAGAAUGAAAGUGUGAUGAUCGAAAUGGAAAGAUAUUGCAAGCAAUGCACUGUCAAAUCCUCUUCGGUCACUAUGUGAAGUCAGUUGAUCAAGGCAAUCUUCUGCUCUCUGAUCAGCCUGAGGAUGGCCACCUAGCAAAUGCACUUAGAAUUGCAUCUUCCACAAUGUAGGGAAAUGCAAAGGGGAAUUUGACAAUAAAUCCACUUCAGAGAGAAUAAAAUGGUUAGGACGUGAUGAAUUGCCAAAUGCUUUUUGGUUGCUAAGUGAAAUCAAUUGAUCAAAGCAAUCUUCCACUCUCUGAUUGGCCUGAAGAUGGCUACCUAUCAAAGGCACUUAGAUGGAAUUGGAUCCUUCCUCAGUGUAUAAUAAUUCAAGGAUUGUUUUAAAAAUAAAUCUUCUUCAGGGAGCGCAAAAUGGGAUAUUAUAUGAUGCUAUACUUUUAUAUGGUCUUUGGAAAACCAUGCUUUUUUUCUGCGUAUGAUUGUCUUAACCGUAUUUAUUUGUUAAGCAAUGGCCUGAAUGACAGGGCAGCAGACUUCUUGCAGAAAAUUGGGUAUAAAUUGGAUUUUAGGAUGUUUAAAAAUAAACAAUGGGUUCACCUACAGAAUAAUGGUACACGUGCACCUUCCAGACUUCUUUCACUUUAAACUGCAAAGUGGCCGUUCAAAAAAAAAAAAAAACUGUGAAGUGAAAAUCAAGCCAGAGUUAGAUGCUGCUUUGUACCAGUUUAUAAGUUAUAGCAUGGUGCUAAAGUCACUCGCAAAUUUCAACUUGAUACAUUACAAACUGUAACAUUUAUUAUUGUACACUUUUGCAACACGGCAAAUAGAAGUACCCCUCUUGCCUGUCUCUCUUUUUUCAUUUCCUUUUGCUAUAGGUCCUCCUUUGUGAUUUCUGUAUGUUAUGCUUACACAGAGUAAUAAACCUAAUGAAAAUUCAUUGAGAUUAUUUUACAUUUUGAA